ACCCGCUUCGCGCUCUAUUCGCCUUCGAGUUUGCCGCCUCGCGUCGCGGGCCAACGAUCGCGAGAUCCGGUCGUGAGCGUGAGCGUCGACGAGCAUACUUUUUGUUGCCCGCAAUACGCUCCUGUUUAUAACUGAUUUCGUACAGCGAGCUGUACGGUCGCCGACGAUGAGCGCCGAGGAAGAGGUGUUACGCAUCCAGAAGAAGCUCAACAAGAUGUCGAGCGGUGACGGGACGGGUCAGGAACAGGCUUUGGAGUUGCUCAAGAUAUUACAAAAGUUACCAGUUGAUUUGGAGCUUUUGACUAAAACACGCAUUGGAAUGACUGUGAAUGCUUUGAGGAAAUCUAGCAGAGAUGAAGAAGUUAUUUCUUUAUCGAAAACUCUUAUCAAGAAUUGGAAAAAGUUUUUAUCUGGAUCAAAUAAAGAGAAAGAUUCUACAUCGUCAAGUAGUUCAAAGAAGAAAGACGAGAAGUUGGAGAAAAUAAAGGAGGAGAAUGAUCAGAAAAAAGAAAAAGAUACGACUGAUGCUGCCGAUAUAAAAAUGAAAGAGGAGAAACCAAUCAAGGAUAUUCAAAGGAAACAGUCAUCUUUUCCAGCUCCUACCACAACAGAUGCAGUCAGAUUAAAAUGUAGAGAACUAUUAGCAGCAGCUUUACGCGUCGAUGGAAAAGUCAUAGAUGGCUGUGCCAGUCCGGAAGAAUUGGCGGAAGAAUUGGAGGAGGCGAUCUACGCGGAAUUUAAAAAUACUGAUAACAGAUACAAAAAUAGGGUACGCAGUAGAGUUGCCAAUCUGCGCGAUGUGAAGAAUCCCAAUCUACGAACCAACUUCCUAGUUGGUGCAAUCACACCUGCUCGGUUAGCGGUGAUGACGGCAGAGGAGAUGGCUAGUGAUGAGAUCAAACAGUUACGUGAGCAGUUCAAGAAAGAAGCCAUUAACGACGCGCAACUCGCUACCGUGCAGGGAACCAAGACCGACUUGCUCAAAUGCGGCAAAUGCAAGAAACGCAAUUGCACGUAUAAUCAAGUGCAAACACGUUCAGCCGAUGAACCUAUGACCACCUUUGUUCUGUGUAACGAAUGUGGAAAUCGAUGGAAAUUCUGCUAAAUUAUCAUUUAUUUCUUGAUCUGCACUGUUUUACUGCGACAAAAUGUAUAUCUCAAUCAUCGUCUGCCUAGAAUUCAAUACUUAUAAGUUGAAUGAAGUAUCAUGAUGUAUACUUGCGGUUUCCCAAUUAACAUAAAUUAUUGUUAAAGAUAAUCCUUUUUAUUUACUCGAAUGUACAACGUAAUUCUUCAAUAUUUUAAAUAUCGCUAGUUUUCUUGUUGAAAAGCUAUAUUUUUAAAUUGAAGUAAUUGCUGUAAAAAUAUUGUAUCUUUUAAAAAUUGUGUGCAAAUUUCUGUUAUUUUUUAUCUUUAGGUAUUAUCUGAAAGUUGCAAAAUUUUCAAUCGAAAAUCCAAUUAUUACUCAUAUUAUGAGCGACAGAAUGUACAUUAAUUCAUUGUAGUGACAUUUUUCUCAUAGAAUGUGUUUUCACACCGCUGUAUAUAUUGAAACCGCUCUAUUACAUGAAUAUAAGCUUUAUGAGAAUUUGAACGCCUCACAAAAGUGGGAAUAUCUAAUAAAUAUAUUUCUUAAAAUACGUAAAAACGGCAUUUUAAUUGAUGCGCUUUUUUUUCUGAUUGCGAUUGCGAUUCGUGCUACCGCGAUUCUGACUGUAAUUUAAUUCACUAUAAGUUUUCAAUUAUACCCUUAACAGUGGUGAUAUAAGUAGAGCAGUUUGUCACUACGUUGUAUGAAAUUCGAAUGUCUAUAAGAGCUCUGGAUUGUGUGUCUAUUCUGAAAUAUACAGAUACGUAUCGUACUAUCGUGCUAUCGUUUAAACUUUUCUUAAUUACCUUUUACAUAACGUUCGAUAUUACGAAUAAUUUGCGAUUCAAUAAAAUCCUGUAAUUAUUUACAAGUUAUCAAAUUGUAAAAAUUAGUUCAUCAUAUAAUCUUCGAAUUCUGUCACAUUGCAUAAUUAAUUGAAGCAUUCAAGGAUAUACAUCGAGGAACCGAAUAAAUAUUUAACACAA